GCUCUAUGUGGACAAACUAAAGCAAAGAUGAGGAGACUUCAAAACCUGCUGUUCACCUUUUGCAUUGCUCUGAGGUGUGUGACCACUGCAGAAGAGGUGAUCCAUGUGACUGGAUAUGUAGGGAGUGCAGUUAAAGUUUCCUGCUCCUAUGAUCAGGGUUACGAGUCUUAUGAGAAGUACCUGUGUCAGAAUGACUGUCACAGCGAUAAUGAUGUUCUUAUUACAACAUCAAAUCCAGUGAAAAGCAAAUACAGGAUCCAUGAUGACAAAACAGCACGAAUCUUCACAACAAGCAUCUCUGAUCUUCGUUCUGCGGAUGCUGGGAAAUACUGGUGUGGAGUGAGCAGAUUUGGAAGAGAUAUCUACACCGAAGUCGAGCUGAAAUUAGUCCAAGACAGCUGCUGUAACAGUGUGAAAGAAGUUGAAAGUUAUGCAGGAUAUUCAGUGUCCUUCAGUUGUCCAUAUGAGUCAAGGUACCAGAACAACCUGAAGUACAUCUGCAAAGGAACCCAGCCCUCCAUGUGUCUGCAACGGGCACUAAUCACCUCUUACAACAACCAAAAUGGGCGAUUCAGAUUUGAUGAUGAAAAUAUCUUAACACAAUUCACAACAAAAAUUAGCCGUUUGACACAAAGUGAUUCAGGGCGUUACCUUUGUGGCAUCCAAAGAAACUCUGACCUGCAUCUUUUCUGUGCUUUUGAGCUGAAAGUUAAAGACCACUGCUGUGAUACUGUGACCAAUAUUGAAAGUUAUGAGGGAUACUCUGAGUCCAUCAAUUGUCCUUACGAAAGUCAGUACCAGAACAGCCUGAAGUACAUCUGCAGAGGAAACCAGCCCUCCACAUGUCUGCAGGAGGCAAUAAUCACCUCUGACAACAGAGAAAGUGGUCGCUUCAGACUUAAUGAUGUAAAAAUGUCAAGAAUAUUCACAGUGACAAUUAGCAGCUUGACCCAAAGUGAUUCAGGGUAUUACCUUUGUGGUGUUCAAACAAACUCUGACCAUGAUGUUUUCUCUGCUGUUGACCUGAACGUCAAAGAGUGGUGCUGUGUCAGGUCAACUAAAAUAACAGGUACUGUGGGACAGCUACUAACUCUGCAGUGCCCUUAUCCUCAACAACAUCAGGAUAACAGGAAGUUCCUCUGUAAGGGAGACCACCGCAACAGCUGCAGAGACAUGGUGAUGAGUCAAAACAGAUUCACACUACGAGAUGAUAUUUAUUCCAACUCUUUCUCAGUGAUGAUCACAAAGCUAGAAGAAGCAGAUGCUGGGACCUACUGGUGUGGGUCAGACUCACAGUGGAGAGUUGGAAACUACACCAAGAUUCAGCUGUCAGUCGAGUUCUGCUGUGUCAAAUCAACUAAAAUAAAUGGUACUGUGGGGCAGCCACUAACUUUGCAGUGUCCUUAUCCUUCACAACACCGGGAUAACAGGAAGUUCCUCUGUAAGGGAGACCACCGCAACAACUGCACAGAUAUGCUAAAGAAUCAAAGCAGAUUCACACUACAAGAUGCUUCUUCCAACACUUUCAUUGUGAUGAUCUCAAAGCUGGAAGUAGCUGAUGGUGGGACAUACUGGUGUGGGUCAGACUCACAGUGGAGGGUUGGAAACUACACCAAGAUUCAGCUUUCAGUCUUUCCACAGAGCACUCUGGGGGAAAAAAAACCAGCACUCUAUGUGAUACCCCCUGUACUGCUUUUGAUAUGUAUCCUCGUUCUUGUUUAUAAGUACAGACGUUCCAGAAUUGAAGAAGCUGUUCUCUCCCUGAGGAGAAAUGCAUCUAGGAAAAAGAGUUCAAAGGAGGUGGUUGGUGCAGCACAAAGUGAAAUUUAUAAAAAUCAAGCUGUGGUGACCUCCAAUGACCAAACCACCUGUAACAUCUAUGAAGAAGUAGAUGUAGAAGUACACUACGAAAACUUGACCGCAAGUGAUUAAAUCUGCUGCAAUGAAAAUUUCCAUAAACCUGACAGAAGAUACUGUUCAGUCCAUAAAUAUUUGGACAGAGGCAACUAUUUUCUAAUUUUGGUUCUUUAAAUGAAACAAAUCAGACAUAGUUGAAGGGACUCAAAAGUAAUUGGACAAAUUAAAUAGGUGAAAAUAAAAUGUUAAUUUCUAAUACAUGAUUGAAACCCUUUGCUGGCAAUUACAGCCCCAUGUCUUGAUAUCAUGGAUAUCACCAGGUGCUCGGUUUCCUUCUUUUAGUCUUCAAAUAAAUCCACGCCCACUUGGGUUAAGAUCAGGUCACCCACUUGGCCAUUCAAAAAUAUUCCACAUCUUUGGUUUAAUAAACUCCUGGGUUGCUUUGGCUGUAUGUUUUGGGUCAUUGGGCAGAUGGACUUAUACAGAUGGACAAUCAAUUUGACUGCAUUUAGCCUGAUUUGUCUGAACACCGCAGAAUUAAUUUGGCUGCUUCUGUCCUGUGUCACAUCAUUAAUAAACACUAGUGUCCCAGUGCCACUGGCAGUCAUGCACGCCCAAGCACACUGCCUCUGCCGUGUUUUACAGAUGAUGGAUAUUGAUACACCUACCUCCCGGAGAGUGUUGUCACUUGGUUGGCUGUUGUGAAGGGGUUUCUCUUCACUAUGAAAUGAUUCUGCGAUCAUGUACCAAAGUGUCUUCCAUGGACAUCCAGGUCUUCUUGCGUUGCUGAGUUUACCAGUGCUUUCUUUCUUUCUCAGGAUGUACCAAACUGUAGAUUUUAUCAUUUCAAAUAUUGAAGCAAUUUUUCAGAUUCAGUUUUUCUGUUCUGUAAGCUUAAGGAUGGCUUUUUUCACCUGCAUGGAGAGCUCCUUUGGAUGUAUGUUAUCUGUUCACAGCAAAAUAUUCCAAAUGCAAGCAUGACACAUCAAAUCAACUCCAGGCCCUUUAUCUGCUUAAUUAAUAAUGACAUAAUACAGAAAGUGCCCACACCUGCCCAUGAAACAGCCUUUGAGUUGUCCAGUUAUUCUGGUCACUUUAUAAAGUGGUUGGCACAUGUUAAGAAGCUGAAACUCCUAAACUCUUUAUUCAAUUUGACUGUGGAUAACCCUCAAAUGAAAGCUGAGAGUCUACACAUUAUGUCCAUGCCCAGUGUAUAACUAUAAUUAGAAUAUGUUCUGGCAAAGAGGUAUAAAAACAAUUAUAAAUCGAUCUAACUGGAAGUAGCACUCACAUCUGUAGUUACUAGCUUUGCCUUUAAUUGCUUAGUGUUCAUAAAAAUAUCUGCUGUUUUUUUUAAAGUGAAAACCCAAUAAUGCAAAACUCAUAUGAUUUUAAAGUGAACAAAUACACAAAGUGAAAUACAAUCAAAUUUGUUUACAUACAGUAAUUAAACAUUACCUUUAUUCUAUUUUAUAUAUUAGUUUUUGGUUUGGUUUAUUGUUUUGAACUAUUUAAAGAAGUCCCCACUUUGCUGCAGUGUCAGUUUUAGAUAUUUGGAGUCAAACAUACAGCAGUGAAAAGUAAAAUGGUCAUGAUACACAUAAACAUGCACAAAACUGUCAACUUCAACAUUUGACAAGAGUUUGAUAUCAUAUAAAUUUUCUUCCUUUACGUGCAAUGUUACUGGUUAGUGUGUCAUAGUGAGCCCCCUGCUGGUGAUGUAUUAGUUUAACACUGAUUAUUAGAGUAGGAAUAGAAGAUUACCUACAGUAUGCAUAUAUCCUAAUGACCUGUCAGUCACAGGUUGUUAACAAAUGAGUGCUUGUUUGCAUAAUUAGUCCCUUUGCCUCUCUGCUUUCUAAACACCAA